AUAUUUUGUUGACAAUUCACAUGUUGCCGUUACAUAUACUAUACGAUACUAUCGCAUCAGACUACUAAUGUGUGUCAGUGUGCAUUUGUUUUGAGCGCGCAUUAUUGCGUUGACCAACACUACUUCAAACAGCUGAACGCAAGUGGGGAGCUCCAUUCUUGGGUCUCUCGCCUCAGUGCUAUUGCGUGCAUUCAGACUGAAUGCUCAACUAAACGUCAACUCCAAUCGACCAACUACACCCCCUCCUGAAUAUUGCUGCUUUCGACAUACAGUGACCGCCGCCGCCGCCGUUCAAAGAGCAACGUCCGCGACGUCAACGGCAACAAAGGCAACCACUUUAGUCGUUUGCUGACUUUCGCCUGAGACGCAGCCCGAACGCGAUUCCUGCAUUCGGUUUCACAAACAACAAAGCAAAUACCCCGCCCAACCAGCCAUACAUCCAUACACCUGGACACUGGAUUCAUAGCUAUGCAAAGACAAUAAAGAAUUGCCUUGUUUAUUGUUUCAAUUGUUAAUUGGGUGUGUGGAAUAGCGGGAGAAACUUCAUAAACGCUUCUCAAUUCAAUAUAUGUUUAACACCAGAGCGAGUGCGAGGAGGCUGCGAUGACUGAGAGCGUGGAGCUGGUGAGCCAAUAUGGCGAGCCGUUGCGCUAUGAUCGCAAUUUUCAGGGACCUCGACAGCGUGAUCGCAGCUGCACUGAUGUACCCUGUCUAAUCAUAUUUGUGCUCUUUCUGAGUGGCUGGGGGCUCAUAGCGCACUAUGCCGUACGCAAUGGGGAUCUCAAUAAGCUAAUGGUGCCGACGGACAUGUAUAACCAGAAGUGCGGCAUCGAUUCCAGCGUGUUGAACAAAAAGUAUUUGUUCUUCUUUAAUCUGGACCAGUGCAUUGAUCCGCUGGUGCCCAUAACGGGAUGUAAUACGCCGCAGGUUUGCGUCGAAAGUUGUCCUACACAGACGUUCGUUUGGGAUACUAUGAAGAACACCAUGAAUCUGCAGGAGCUGAAAGCUCGACUCAUUUGCAAAACGGAUGAGGACAAGGCAGCCAUUGGAUCUAAAUCGGAUAUUGAACGUGCUAUCCAGGAUAACCGCUGUGCUCGCUACUACAUCAAAAGUCAGCCCUUUCUCAAUCGGUGCAUGUUUGAAUUCUCGGAUCAGCUAUGCGAAUUGCUGCCGAGUGUGCUCUUGCGUGCUCGCCGGGACUCAACGCUACGUUUGCCCGGCAAUGUGAGUCAGGUGGACGAGCUGCAAAUGCAGGCGAUGGCACUGACCAUGCAAACACAAGCGCAGGCGCGCGUCGCAACCCAAACCAUAAGCAACAAGCAGGAUCCGGUAGAUGAACGAGUUGGGCAGUGUCGCCGACAGCAGCUAAACGGUGCCGUCAUUAGGGAGAAGAUGAUGCAAACGGAUACACGACUGGCCAAGAUGGUGGGCAAUCUGGUGGCCCACUUUUACAAUGGCACUCAUGAUGCCCAGCGCCUGGGCGAGGAAAUUGUAGAGGAUUUGGUCAACUCAAUGUCCGUGGUAUUAAUGGCGCUAUUCUUUUCGUUACUUGCCUCUCUGGUCUACAUUGCGUUGAUGCGUUGGAUUGCCGCACCCAUACUCUGGUUCUCGAUCAUUGGCGUGCUUGUCGGCCUGCUAUUUGCCAUCUACUAUAGCUUCAAGCAGUACAGUUUCUGGAGCAAUACGGCCACGGUGCCGUUGCACGACCUAAAUUUACAUAAGCAAUGGCAAAACCUGCUGCAAAAUCCGAAGACGUGGCUCUACUUGUCCAUUGCUGCCUGCAUCGCCUUUGUAGUCAUAUUUCUGUUGGUUAUUGUGCUGCGCAAGCGUAUACGCAUUGCCAUUGCGCUGAUCAAGGAGGGCAGCAAGGCUGUGAGCACCGUCAUCAGCACCGUCUUUUUCCCAAUCUUCUCCUGGGUGCUAUACAUUGGUGCGAUUGGCUUUGCCAUUGGCGUUGGACUCUAUCUCGGCUCCAUAGGCACGCUUUCUUUUCGCAUGGUUCGCCGCCUGACUGAUGCGGGCGAGGUCACCAACGAGCAGUGUGUGUGUGAAGGACCCGGCAUUAACUAUACCGUUGGCGCCGCCUGCAAUCCGGAGAUAUUUAAACAGUAUUGUCACAUCAAUUUGAGGCGCGAGGCCUGCGCUCAGACCACUUGCAGCUUUUUGGAAAUUGAUAAUCCACAGCUAGUGCGCUGGGCCAUGGGAUAUAAUUUAUUUGGAUUCCUCUGGCUGAGCUUCUUUAUAUCGGCCUUCAGCGACAUGGUGCUGGCCGCCACCUUUGCCCGAUGGUAUUGGACUUUCAAGAAGCGGGAUGUGCCUUAUUUUACACUCACACACGCCUUCUGCCAAACAGCCUGCUACCAUCUGGGUACGCUAGCCUUUGGCUCCCUCGUCCUGGCCAUUUGCCGGUUGAUACGUCUGGUGCUGGAAUACAUUGAUGCCAAAUUGAAGAAGUACGAUAAUGUGGUGACACGAGCCAUUCUCUGCUGCAUGCGUUGCUUCUUCUGGCUGCUGGAAUCGUUCCUCAAGUUCCUCAGUAAAAACGCGUACAUCAUGUGUGCGAUACAUGGCAAGAACUUCUGCACAAGUGCCAAGGAUGCGUUUAAUCUGCUAAUGCGCAACUUUUUGCGUGUUAUCACAUUGGAUAAAGUCACCGACUUUCUCUUCUUUCUAUCCAAGGUGCUUCUCACCGCCGGCGCAGGUGUUUCCACCUACUAUUUUCUGGCCAACAAUCCGUCCGUUAUACAGCUCAACCACAGGGCUGUGCCCACAACUGUAGUUGUAAUCGCCGCCUUUCUGAUUACCAGCGUGUUCUUUGGCGUCUAUUCAAUGGCUGUAGACACGCUGUUCCUGUGUUUCUUGGAGGACUGUGAGCGCAAUGAUGGCACACCCGAGAAGCCCUACUUCAUGUCCAAACAACUCAUGAAGAUUUUAGGCAAGAAGAAUAAGCUGCCGCAGCGACAGCGUCGCAGCAAAUAGAAAAACUGCAGGCUAAAUUGGAGUGUUCGCAAAACCAAAGCAAUAUGGAAAAUCCCUUGUAAAUCACAGUGCAAAUUGCAGCUUCGACGAAGUUGAAGCGCAGAUUGAUCUUUGGAAAGAUAUAUACACACAUAUUUAUAUAUUUAUGAUACGGCAAUUAAAGCCACAGGUUGUGCACGAUUACUGCUCAUACGAUAUUUGAUUAGAAGGCAACAUUUUGGGCGGACUGCAAUAACUACUUACAUAUAAUGUAAUUAAAUUAAUGCUACACAUUUGCCAACAUAUAGUAUUGUUAUUGACAUAACCUAUUGCAUGCAUACUCAUUUAUGUAAACAAAAUUAUACAAAUACAUAUUUUUGGCUCAGCGUGCUUAUUGCAACGGAUGCUCAAUAAAUGAAGUGAUAACACGAUAAGCAAACACUUAAGUGUAAAACAAUAGAACUCAUAUCUGAACAUUACAUGAAAAUUAUGAAUCUAAGAAUUGAAGUCUAACAUAACUGAAUGAAUUGAGAAAAACUAAUCAUAAGGAACAUAGUUUUUAUUUCUAUUAAUAUUUAUGCACAACUUGAAUUUAUAUCAGAUUAAUUUUGUUGAUUAUCACGUUUCUUUUCUAUUUAAUAAAAUAUAAUUCAAUUCACACGUGUUUACUUUUACGUCAUAAACAUGCAGUUUCUGAAGUUUACCUCAUUAAUCUCAGUUCGUUCAGUUUUAAAUGAAUUGCCAAGCAAACAUCUUAAAAUAAACAUUUUGUAAAUUCAUUCAAGAAUUCUAUGUAAGUUAACAAUGGAA